AUGGAGGUGAAUGGUGAUUACAUGCUCCAUAACAACAACUUUGGAGUAGGUAUGGAGGUGAAUGGUGAUAAAGUACUCCAUAACGAAAACUUUGGAGGAGGUAUGGAGAUGAAUAGUGAUGAUGUUCUCCAUAACGAGAACUUUGGAGAAGGUAUGGAGGUGAAUAAAGUGCUCCAUAAUGAGAACUUUGGAGGAGGUAUGGAGGUGAAUGGUGAUAAUGUGCUCCAUAACGAGAACUUUGGCGGAGGUAUGGAGGUGAACAGUGAUAAUGUGCUCCAUAACGAAAACUUUGGAGGAAGUAUGGAGGUGAAUGAUGAUAAUGUGCUCCAUAAUAAAAACUUUGGAGGAGGUAUGGAGGUGAAUGGUGAUAAUGUUCUCCAUAACGAAAACUUUGGAGGAGGUAUGGAGAUGAAUAGUGAUGAUGUUCUCCAUAACGAGAACUUUGGAGAAGGUAUGGAGGUGAAUAAAGAGCUCCAUAAUGAGAACUUUGGAGGAGGUAUGGAGGUGAAUGGUGAUAAUGUGCUCCAUAACGAGAACUUUGGAGGAGGUAUGGAGGUGAAUGGUGAUAAUGUGCUCCAUAACGAGAACUUUGGCGGAGGUAUGGAGGUGAAUGGUGAUAAUGUGCUCCAUAACGAGAACUUUGGAGGAAGUAUGGAGGUGAAUGGUGAUAAUGUGCUCCAUAACGAGAACUUUGAAGGAGGUAUGGAGGUGAAUGGUGAUAAUGUGCUCCAUAACGAGAACUUUGGAGGAGGUAUGGAGGUGAAUGGUGAUAAUGUGCUCCAUAACGAGAACUUUGGAGGAGGUAUGGAGGUGAAUGAUGAUAAUGUGCUCCAUAAUAAAAACUUUAUAGGAGGUAUGGAGGUGAAUGGUGAUAAUGUUCUCCAUAACGAAAACUUUGGAGGAGGUAUGGACGUGAAUAAAGUGCUCCAUAACGAGAACUUUGGAGGAGGUAUGGAGGUGAAUGGUGAUAAUGUGCUCCAUAACGAAAACUUUGGAGGAGGUAUGGAGGCGAGUGUUUAUAAAGUGCUCCAUAAUGAGAACUUUGGUGGAGAUAUGGAGGUGAAUGGUGAUAAAGUGCUCCAUAACGAAAACUUUGGAGGAGGUAUGGAGCUGAAUGGUGAUAACAUGCUCCAUAAUGAGAGCUUUGGAGGAGGUAUGGAGGUGAAUGGUGAUAAAGUACUCCAUAACGAAAACUUUGGAGGAGGUAUGGAGAUAAAUAGUGAUGAUGUUCUCCAUAACGAGAAUUUUGUAGAAGGUAUGGAGGUGAAUAAAGUGCUCCAUAAUGAGAACUUUGGAGGAGGUAUGGAGGUGAAUGGUGAUAAUGUGCUCCAUAACGAGAACUUUGGAGGAGGUAUGGAGGUGAAUGGUGAUAAUGUGCUCCAUAACGAGAACUUUGGUGGAGGUAUGGAGGUGAACAGUGAUAAUGUGCUCCAUAACGAAAACUUUGGAGGAGGUAUGGUCGUGACUGUUGAUAAAGUGCUCCAUAAUGAGAACUUUGGUGGAGGUAUGGAGGUGAAUGGUGUUAAAGUGUACAUAACGAAAACUUUGGAUGAGGUAUGGAGCUGA